GUGGUGGCGGCGGCGGCGGCGGUGGCGCGGGCCCACCGGGCCAGAUCCCCCACCGCGGGCCGGUCCCCGGGAUGGCGCGGGAGAGGCCGCCCCUCAGGGGCUGCGGCGGCGCCCUGCGCCGGUGUCUGCUCGGAGCCGCGCUGCUGCUCGGCCUGCGGCUCUGCGCCGAGCUCCGGCCCCAGGGCCGCGGAGCCCCGUCGGGGCGGGCGCCCCCGCCACCCGGGCCGCACCUGCAGCCGGCGCCCGGGCCGCCGCGCGGGGCCAGCAGGAGGCAGGUGACCUACGUGCGCAGCGGGCGCCGAGCGCCGCCGGGGGGCGGCGGGAGCGGGACGGCGGAGCCGGGCUGCUGCGCUCCGCGCGGGCAUCCCCGCAGGAAGGGGUCCCGGUGGCACAUUGACCUGCAGCCGUGGGCAGGCCCUGCACAGUCCCUGGAGGAAGAAGCCUCGAGGUUCCUGAAGUACAUCAGCACCACCCAGAUUGCGUGUGAUCACAUGAGCACAGGCAGCCUGGCUGCGGGCUCCAGCCCCACAAAGAAGCCCUGGUCUGUCUGUCUUGAUGACAGAUUCGGCUUAGCUCAUCAAAUCCGCAGCAAGCAGUGCCGCCUCUAUUCUUUAGGGCUGGGCAGUGAUGACACCCAGUUUGAGGUGAACAUGGCCAAUGAUGGAUGUGAAGUGCACCGUUUUGACCCAAGUGUUAAAUCAGCUCACAGUUUGGAAAGUCAGCGCCUUUGGUACCAUCGCUUGUCUGUUGACUGGCGUGACCCCCAUCCAGCUAUUGCUGCCCAGAAACUGCAUAGCAACACUAGAAAAUUGGGAACGAUUUUGAAUGAAUUUGGGCAUCACAAGAUUGAUGUUCUCAAAGCAGAUCUGGAAAGUGCAGAAUGGAAAGUUUUGGAAAACCUGAUCCUGGAAGAUGUUCUGGAACAGAUUGGACAGCUCGUCUUUGAGAUUCACCUCCACUGGCCAGGGUUCGAGGUCAGCGGCAGCAGCAGCAGUGUGGUGCGGUUCUGGUACAGCCUCCUCAAGGAGUUAGAACUAAAGGAUUUCAGGCUGUUUCACAGCUACAAAGACUUAUCAAAACCCCAGCUGUUCCUUAAGAAAGACAUUUUCAAUGCGAGCAGCUGUUACACUCUGAGCUGGGUGAACAUGAGGUGGAGAGAGGGCCUUGUACGAGGCGGAACAUGAUCAAGAACUCUUGG